AUGCUAGACAAGUAUCACGGUCGUAGAGUUCGCGAGGUUCGCGUACGUUGCUGGAACAAAGACAGUGGGUGUGGGUGGGUGGGGGAGGUGAACGGGUUGAAACGACACACGCUCUCGUGCGAGAAGCGGCCGUGGGAGUGCGAGUAUUGCGGGCUCAAGUGUACGUAUGAUGAGGGAGAGGGAAGGCACUGGCCAGAGUGCUCUAAGUUCCCUGAGCCCUGUCCAAAUGGCUGUGAGGUGGGCAGGGUGGAGAGGUGUGGGGUGGAGCAACAUCGCAGUGUGUGUCCACUGGAGCCCGUGGCCUGCGAGAUGAAGGAGUUUGGGUGUAGUGUCGUGGUCCCUCGCAGGGAGCUGGCAACACACAUGAGAGAGAGCGAGCUCCAACACCUGACGGCCAUGACUGCUCUCAACCUCCGUCUCACCAGACAACUCCAGCAGGACACCGCUGAGAGGGAAAGGAAGUUCGAACAACUGCGUCAAGACCUGACCGAGAGGGACCAAAAGUUUGAGCAGCUCGCCCGACAACUGCAGCUGGACUCCGCCGAACGAGGGAAGAUGUUGGAACAAUUGCAGAAGGACUCCGCUGAGAGGGACAGAAAGAUAGUACAGCUACAACAAGACUCCGCUGAUAGGGACAGAAAGGUAGUGCAGCUGGAACCAUUGCAGAAGGACUCGCUGAGAGGGACAGAAAGAUAG